CAUCCUCGGCCUGACCCGGAAGUGCUGCUGUUAUUUCUUGACACGUAGUGAGCGGUGUUGGCUGAGUCUCGGGUGUUUACCAGCGCUGCUUGCCAUGUCAGGGUUUGACAGUUUCAACGCAGACUUUUACAAGUCUAGCUACAGUGUAGAUGACCAAAGUCAAGGAGGUUAUGGCUAUCCUAACCCAGAUGACCCAUACGGCAGGCCGUAUGGUCAGUCUGAUUACUCGCAGCCGAUGGGCUACUCGCCGGCUCCAGGAAUGAUGCAACCCCAGCAGCCUUACAUGGGUCAGAUCUACCAGCCCACCCCAGCAUUCACACCCACCUCCUCACAGUCCAUGUACAGCAGCGGUUUUGAGGAUGAGCCCCCUUUACUGGAGGAGCUGGGAAUCAACUUCGAUCACAUCUGGCAGAAGACACUGACCGUUCUGCACCCAUUGAAAGCAGCAGAUGGCAGUAUAAUGAAUGAAACAGACCUGGCUGGUCCCAUGGUCUUCUGUCUGGCUUUUGGAGCAACGCUGCUUUUGACGGGUAAGAUCCAGUUUGGGUAUGUGUACGGCAUCAGUGCCAUCGGGUGUCUUGCCAUGUACUGCCUGCUUAACCUCAUGAGUAUGACGGGUGUCUCAUUCGGGUGUGUGGCGAGUGUUCUCGGUUACUGCCUGCUGCCAAUGAUCAUCCUGUCCAGUUUUGGGGUCAUCUUGUCUUUACAGGGUAUGAUGGGUAUUAUUUUAACGGCUGCCAUCAUUGGCUGGUGCAGUUUCUCUGCCUCUAAGAUUUUCAUCUCGGCCUUGGCCAUGGACGGACAGCAGCUUUUGGUUGCGUACCCCUGCGCCCUGCUUUACGGGGUCUUCGCUCUCAUCUCUGUGUUUUGAACUUUGAACUCUAUUAAGGGACAAAUUGACCACCUAUAUACAACACACACACACACA